AUGGGAAGAGGGAUAUUAGGGUUAGGACCAAGAGGAGGCAGGGUUCAUUUCACUAGAGAUGCGGAGGUGAGAAUGGAGGGCAAAGGCUAUGGAGGAAGAGUGAGGGACGUUGGGCCUCUGAGACAUAAGCAUCUGCUGCCAAAUGGGUUUGUGUUUGGGGUUUCAGUUGUGAGUUGA